AUGACGAUGGGGAGAAAGCGAAUCACUGCCGCCCACGCACAAAAGUUGCCGGAAAACAUCAUCGUCGACAUUUUUGUUCAAACUGCCGGCAACAUCUCUGUCACGCUUAAGGCUCUUGUCCCCAAUGGAACCUCAAUCAAACCAGUGAAGAAGAACGGGUUUUCGGACCUCCCCUUGCCAUUCCUCAAGGGUUACAACGAAUUCGGAGAGGAACCCAAGUUGAGAUACGCCGGAUCCUUCAAUGGGUUGGUCUGUUUGAUCCUCCAUCGAUGGGGAGAGUACUGGGUUCUGUGGAACCCGGCCACCUCCCAAUUCAGCUUCGCCCCUCCGCCGAUCUUGCCUCAGAGGGAUUGCUUUUGCAACGGCGCACGCCCGCACAGGGUCAUUGCUGGAUUUGGGUACGACUCUGCCGAUUACAAGUCGGUCAGGGUUUCGUGGUGGGAGGAGGAUGGUGGUGGUGGAGUUCAAGUUGAGGUUCUGAGUUGGGCCAAGAGGUCGUGGACAGAAAUUCGAUACAGGAGUUUGGACACCAUCCUCACUCUGAAACGGCAAGAAUCCUGGAGCUUUCAGAAUCUUCCCGUGGCAACCAGCAAUGGUGGAGUGUAUUGGAUGGACACGGGUACUGGUAUGGUGCUCUGCUUCAAACUACACGAUGAGAAGUUGGGGUGGAUUUCGACUCCCGACGACGAUGCUGCAGCAGCUUCUUCACCUUCUUGGUCUGUUCUGAGGACCAUUAAUGGUUCCCCGUGCAUACCGGAGGCCAUAUGGCGCGUCAAUGGCCAAAGUUUGUUCUUACUCUAUAUCAACUGCAUUGCCUGUGAUUCCAGUACCGGAGCUGCCAGAUUGAAGCUUCCAUUUCAUGUUAUUAGCAGAGCCUUUGAGUUUGCUGGCACCCUGGUUCCCAUCCCUGGCAGUUGA